UUGUCUUGUGGCUUUCGACGGCAGACAGACAACACUUGGCAUGAAACGCUAAAUCCCUAUAAAUCGACACCCAAUUGUAUAUACAAUACCUACGUUCAAAUUACAUAACUUGGACUGCUGGCAACUGACACGAACCCAAAUACGUGGAGAAUAUAUCGAAUUCCCCUACAUCACAUCCGCUAAGUAACUUUGCUAACGUUGCUAGCUACCCGGAACAGAAAACCAAAGAUUGUGGCUCUCUGAGAAAACUGCAUCGUUUGUAGAGUUGUGAGCACCUAAGAUUUUCCCAGUGAUUCUCAUACUGAGGCCGCGGGAAGAGGACAGCAAUGGCAGGAAAGACUGCGGAUCCAUUCACCAUAGAUGCUGGAGAGCAGCCUGCCAUGGGUGUAGCUGGGAAAAGUUGGCUUCCCAGAGGGAUGUCAGGAAGCGCUGCUAAGGAGUGGUUUGACCGGCGUCGCCUGGCGAUGCGGCCGUGGGCGGGGUUUGUCGACCAGCGCAGGUUCUCCAAGCCCCGUAACUUCGGAGAGCUCUGCCAGAGGGUGGUGCGCAACGUAGACACUUACAACAGCAACUACACCUUCAUCUUCCUGGGGCUGAUCCUCUACUGCAUCAUCAGCUCUCCCAUGCUGCUCCUAGCCCUGGCUGUGUUCGUAGCUAUCCUCUACGCCAUCCACCUCAAGUCUUUGGAGUCCAAGUUGGUCGUGUUUGGGCGGGAGGUUACUGGAGUGCACCAGUUCUCCCUGGCUGGGUCCUUGUCCUCUCCUGUGUUCUGGUUGGCUGGAGCUGGAACCGCCGUCUUCUGGAUCCUGGGGGCUACUCUGGUUGUGAUUGGCUCCCAUGCUGCCUUCCGGGAGAUGGACGGCGCAGUAGAGGACGACCUUAUGAUGGAGCCUGUCUGACCUUUGACCCAUUUGCCUUAACUUCUCAUAUCACAGUAUAUUCCUUGCCUAUCUAUUAGUAUUAUUCUGUCAGUCAUACCCUGUUAAUUACAAUGUCUUUGAUGGCUCAACACCGGACUGAAUGAUAUGCGUACGGAAUGGUUCUUAUCGAUUAGUGCAUUACAGACUUACAUUUCAUUAAGCACAUGAAAACGCUGGGGUGUCCAAAAGUACACUAAAUACUAUGUAUUUUCUUGCAAAAAAUUAAAUGCUUCCCAGAACAUUUAUCUAUGAACUACAAAAUGGUGGAACCAUGUGUUGCUUUGAACGUCGGUGCUGAGUUAUAAAUCUUACAAUGUCAAGCAACCUGUAUUACGCAUUAAAUGCAUACGUGCAAUUAUAUAUUUCUGUAUGUAAUUCAAAUACUACCCAUCCCUUUGCACAGACUGAUACAUCUUUAAAUAGAGCCUUAUUUGUUAUGUAUCAAUGAGUUUAUGUCUAACCCUGGUCUUGUCAGGAUUGGCUGUGCUUAAUUGGACGUUUUGACAAACAAGGGCAUUGUGAACCGCUUUGUAAUUGUUAUGUCUUCUCAACCGUUAUUUUUAUGUUGCUUGUUUAUAUAUUAUUAAUUUUACACUUCAGUUCUUUCUAUUUAUAUUGGUAUGUAUUGUUGGCUGUUACAAAGUUGUGUAAAAUUUUAUAUUGACCACAGGGAAGUGCAAUAAACAUUGUUUGCCUGUU